AAUCGCUACGCAGAGCGCGCCAAGUUUCUCUCACAGCGUCACAAACAUGGCGGAGAAGGAGACAGAAAUUGGAUUCAAAAAGGAAACAGUGAGCAAACUCUUGUCAAGUUUCUUCAAGGAGGACAAAACCAGACUAAGUGGCGAUGCUGUGCUACUCAUGGCAGAGAUGCUUAAAGUAUUUGUCCAAGAGGCGGCUGUGAGAUCACAGAAACAAGCUGAGGCUGAAGACUGCGAUCAAGUAGAGAUAGAGCACUUUGAAAAGAUCCUCCCUCAGCUGCUGCUGGACUUCUAGCAUGGCAAAGCCACAAGAUGGAGCCAGAGUGUUGCCUGUGUGUUCCUGCUUGAAUCCUCCAACUUCAAUUCUGCUUAUUUUUUCUGUAUAUCUGUAAUUUCACAACCACUCAAAUAGAGAGAUUACAUUAAUUAAUUACGUCUUUCUGUAUGUGUUUGAGACGUGUGAUUUUCAGUAGAAAGCUGCGGCGCUGUCCGCACGCCUCCAUGCCACCACCAAUAAGGCCCACCUGUGCUCCUCUGCAACAACAGGUGCUUCCAGCAUGCUCCAUAGUGCCCUUCAUCAAAGCCUCCUGGAGCAGUUGGAAGCAAUUAGAGUAAUAAGGGGAGCAGCCAGUCCCUUAGAUGAUGACAAGUGCCAGGAAAAAAGGAGUACCCCCUCCGGCCACUUUGAAGUUCCCUUUUGCUGUCCUGCGAUGUUUAGUUAGAGGUGGGGGGAAGGGCAAAGGGGACCUCUGGCACAGGGGGAAAGUUGAAUGGGAGUGUGCGUGCAUGAAUGCGUGCAUGUGUUAGCCAAACAUGGCCAGAGACCACACGCAUAGAUAUUUUGUUUGAAAGGAAACAUAACAAAACACAUUGGAACAUGGUCCAAGAAGAGCAGGGUGCAAUUCUGAAGGUAAAUAAACAAAAGAGGCGAGUAGUAGAGGUGCUUUCUCUCCUUUCACCACAGCAGAGGGGGAAGCUGGGCCUACAAGGGAGAGCGUAAUGUGGGGUUUUCUAACCCAAAGUGCCUCUGAUGGUUUUUCCACCAGUGGUGUAUUUGACCAACAUGUCUUUACUAUGAGUCAGCAUAGCUGUACAACACCUCACACUAUUUAUUUGUGUGGCUCUCCCGUGACUCACUACGCUUACAAACGCCGCUCACAUGCAGCUGGAAGCAACUUAGGCUGAAGUCCGGGCUCAGAUAGGUGCUCAAGGACGCAGCACCUGGAGUUUGACCCAGCACCUUUUUUAGUAGGGCCCAGACUGGAUUUGUGUUUCCCAGGAGAAACAUCCACAGCAGGCCUUCAGUGGAAGGUGUGUGUGGUUCAGUGAAAUUUAGCCAUUAAUGCAAAAAGAAAGGAGGUUAAAUAAUUAGUUGGGUUAAUAAAGACAGAAAGAGGACAUCCACCAGAAAAUUUUGAGCAUCAAACACUUAAUUUCUUACAUUCUGGUGAAUUGUUAUGCUCCUAUUCGUGCAUUUUCUGCAUCAAUAUAUGGUGUAAUUGUCUUUAAUUUUAUCAUGAUAAAAGCCCUCUGCUACUUUCAUGUGUUUAUAGGGGGAGACAAAUGAACAUUUUCAAAAAAUAUAUAUCCACACCUAUGAAUUAGAGUCAUUCACAGCAGCAAGUCCUGCCCUCUAGUUUUUAGGAGCACAGAAAACUGCAGCUCCACUGCUUUGACAACCUGCUCACUCAUUUAAAAUGAAUUUAAAUACCAGAUAUGGUGCCAAAUAAUCUUUAUGAAAAAGUGGAAUACAUCCGCACUAAUUUCCACAGUAAGAUAAAAAGGUGUUUUUUGGUAUGUAGCUUUUCUGGUCGUUUGUAAAAGAUGAAAUGAAUCCCCAGCUGUCAAUCAUCUCAAAUGAAAUAAAAAUAAUUGUCUUGGA